AUGGCUCACCGUCUGAUCACCCAAGUCGUCAUCACCGCCUCCCGCGUGCUGGGCCGUUCCUUCGUCGAGGCCUACAAGCAGGCCCAGGCCUCCUCCAACUACCAGCGCGCCCAGGCCAAGCUCAACCCCAAUGCCGCCUCGGCGCGCGCCAGCCUCGGCAGCGGCAUGACCAUGGACGAGGCCUGCAAGAUCCUCAACGUCAAGCCGCCCCAGGGCGGCAAGACCAACAUGGACGAGGUCAUGGAGCGCUUCAAGAAGCUCUUCGACGCCAACGACCCCCAGAAGGGCGGCAGCUUCUACCUGCAGAGCAAGGUCCUCCGCGCCAGGGAACGCAUCGAGGCCGAGGUGAAACCCGCGCUGGAAAAGGCCGCUCAGGAGGCCGAGGUGCAGGAGGGCUGGAAGCCCAAGGUCUACAAGGACCGGUAG